GUUUGGGCCUCCCCUUCAAACACACACCACACUGUGGCCCAAAACCAUGCUUCUCCGUAUUUCACGGCGAUCACUCGCCGCCGUCCGGUCGUUCUCGUCGGCCGCCGCAGCCACUUCAAAACCUCCACCGCAACUAAAACCUCUACCUGAACCUCCACGUGUCACCACCACAAACAGAAAAAGUAACGGAGGAAGGGAUACAUUAGGUAAAAGACUGUUAAGUUUAGUAUAUACUAAACGGAGCGCCGUUAUCACAAUUAAAAAAUGGAAAGAAGAAAAAGGACAAUUAGUUCGUAAAUAUGAGCUUAAUCGUAUCGUCCGUGAACUUCGGAAACUAAAACGUUAUAAACACGCCCUUGAGAUCUGUGAAUGGAUGACACUACAAUAUGAUAUUAAGUUAUUAGAAGGAGAUUAUGCGGUUCACUUAGACUUAAUUGCGAAAGUUCGUGGCCUGAACAGUGCCGAGAAAUUUUUUGAAGAUCUCCCAGAACGAAUGAGAGGGCAACCAACAUGCACAGCCCUUUUACACACUUAUGUCCAGCAUAAAGAUUCUUCUAAAGCCGAAAGUUUGAUGGAAAAAAUGUCCGAAUGUGGUUUUCUAAAAUAUCCUCUUCCUUUUAACCAUAUGAUGUCACUUUACAUCUCAAAUGGGCAAUUCGAGAAGGUUCCAGUAAUUCUUCAAGAGUUGAAGAAAAACACUUCACCAGAUAUAGUUACUUACAAUCUAUGGUUAACGGCAUGUAACUCACAAGGCGACAUUAUUACUGCAGAGAAGAUUAUUCUAGAGCUUAAGAAGACAAAGGUAAAUCCAGAUUGGGUAACGUUUAGUCUUUUAACGAGUAUGUAUAUUAAGAAUUCACGACAUGAAGAUGCAUUAUUGAGUGUUAAGGAAAUGGAAAAGCAGGUUUCUCGUAAAGUUCGUGUUGCUUAUUCUUCAAUUAUCAGUUUGUACACAGGCCUUGGGAGAAAAGAAGAUGUUCAUAGAAUAUGGAAGAAAAUGAAAUCAACCUUCCGGAAGCUAAAUGAUGCAGAAUAUAUCUGCAUGAUAACUUCGGUGCUAAAACUUAAUGAGCUUAAAGAAGCCGAAAGCAUAUAUUCCGAAUGGGAAUCCAUCUCCGGGACUGGUGAUUCUCGGGUCCCGAAUUUGAUUCUUGCAGCUUACAUUAACAAAAAGCAGAUGAACAUGGCGGAAAACUUCUUUGACAAACGGAUGGUUGAGAAAGGAAUUGUCCCGAGUUAUACCUCGUGGGAGCUUCUUACAUAUGGUUAUUUAUAUGAAAAACAAAUGAAUAAAGUUUUGGAAUGUUUCAAGAAAGCUGUUGGGUCAGUGAAGAAGUGGGAUCCGAAUGAAAAAUUUGUUCGUGAAGUGUUCAAAAUGAUCGAAGAGUUUGGUAAUGUUGAAGGUGCGGAAGAACUUUUAGUGACUCUUCGUGACGCAGGCCAUGUAACUACUGAGAUAUAUAAUCUGGUUCUUCGAACGUAUGCAAAAGCUGGUAAAAUGCCAUUAAUUGUAAGUGAGCGUAUGAAGAAGGAUAAAGUGUUGUUGAAUGAUGAAACACGUGAGCUCAUCAAGGUAACAAGCAAAAUGUGUGUGAGUGAAGUUUCGACAUAUCUUUCAUAGGAAAAUGGGGUUAUUCUAUUUCGUUUUAGAAGAUGGCACUAUUUAUAUAAUCUGCAGUCAAGAAGGACUUUAAAAAUAGAAAUGGAAGACCAAAGGUUAGCCUUUUUGCCUUGAGUUAUAGAUUUGUAUGCUAACUUAACUCAUCUUUGUAUUGCUUUAUUUAUACUAUAUAAAUGUAUCGCAGCUCAAAAUUUGUAUGUUGAAUCAAGUAAAUUUGAUAUGAGCAUUGUAAAAUGGCCUGCUAUGUGUAUGCAGAAUCCAUGAAGGUGCAAUGCCAUGCUUGAGAUAGUCUGCUUA